AUGACGACGCUCAGUUGGAACUGUCGGGGAUUGAGAAGCAACUCGACAGUUCGACUCCUAGAGGAGAUGGUUCGUGAACAUCUCCCGGAUUUUCUGUUUCUCCUAGAGACUAAAAACUCUAGUGAAUACGUUGGUAAGUUUAAAAGUUCGUUGGGUUAUGACUACAGCUACUUGGUGGACCCAGUGGGACUUAGUGGAGGCUUAGCACUUUUUUGGAGGAGUACGUAUGAGGUUGAAGCUAUCUUUAGCUCGAGUCGGAUCAUUGAUACUCGAGUGAUGAUUGGAGCUUUAAGGUUUCACAUGUCUUUUCUUUAUGGGAAUCCAGUCAGACAUAAAAGACAUGAGGUUUGGGAUUUAUUGCGAGAUAUGAGCUUGAACAGAGAUGGUGGAUGGUUUUUGGUAGGAGACUUUAAUGAGCUAAUGAACAAUGAGGAAAAGCUUGGAGGGCCGGAGCUAGCUAGAGAGAUCUUUACUAAUGGUGUGAAAGAGAAGGUGUGGGUUCAGUGUCGGCUUGAUAGGACGUUUGGAAACGCAGAAUGGUUUAGACUAUUUCCAGGUACACACAUCAAGUACUUGGAACGGACAUGGUCUGACCACAGACCGGUGCUUAUGAGUUUGAUACCGUCAAGAACGAGGAAGAAAGUUAGAUUCACCUUUGAUAAACAAUGGUGCACAAAACCGGAAGUAUUAGAGGUGGUGCGCAGAGGAUGGAACGCAAACACGGGAGAGAACAGAGGCUUCGUUUCGGAGAGAAUAAAGUCCUGUCGCAAAGAAUUGUCACAAUGGAAGAAGUCAGCCAAUGUGAACUCAAGUGAGAAAAUUAGGAAGUUGCGACAAUCUUUGGAGAAUGAAGAGCAAAAACGAACUCCAGACGUGCAACUGAUGUCAUCACUAAGAUUGGAGCUAGAGACGGUAUACAAUGAAGAAGAAGCCUUCUGGAAGCAAAAAUGCAAAAAUACAUGGGUCCAAGUGAGGGAGAAGAAUAUGAGAAUUUUCCACGGCUGGGUGGAAACGAGGAGAAUGGAGAAUCGAGUUCAGUCUUUACUGGAUCAGUCAGGAUCCCAUAACGCGGAGGUGUUACUGGAAGGGCUACAACCGAGAGUCACAGACAGAAUGAACAAUACGCUCAUGAAGCCAGUGACGGAUGCGGAGAUUAGGAGGGCAGUCAAGUCCAUCAAAAGUGACAGUGCACCGGGAAUCGAUGGUGACGAAAGAGGUGAAGCUAUUCUUUUAGUCGAGAGUAAUGCCAGCCGACUGGAACCAUACUCAGCUUUGCUUGCUACCCAAGCGCAUGAAAAGAUCCAUGGACUGCAGACAAACCCUAACUGCCGUGGAGAAUAUAUAGCUAUAAAGACAGACAUGUCUAAAGCUUAUGAUAGAGUCGAGUGGGAGUUUUUGGAGACUCUGUUCAGGAAUUUGGGUUUUAACAGUCAAUGGAUAGUGUGGGUUAUGAGCUGCAUCCGAUCAGUUUCGUACACAGUGCUCAUGAAUGGAGAAUCAUUUGGUCAUAUCACACUGGAGAGAGGCAUACGACAUGGGGAUCCUCUCUCACCCUUUCUGUUUAUCCUCUGCACUGAAGCGCUAGUUCAUAGCCAAACUGAGCAAUGCACUGAAUUCCUGCGAUGUUUAAAGCUGUAUGAAGAGGCCUCGGGUCAGAUGAUAAAUUUUCAGAAGUCAGCAAUUACCUUUGAAGCUGAUAUUGAUCCCGUUAUGCGAAGGCUGCUAGCUGAGAUUUUGAAGAUCAAAAAUGAAGGGGGAGAAGGAAAAUAUCUGGGCCUACCUCAGUGUUUUUCUGGUUCCAAACAGAAAUUACUUGCAUUCAUUGGUGAGAAACUUAACAAGAGACUACGAGGGUGGUUUGCCAAAAAGCUUUUCCAUGGCGGAAAGGAGGUUCUCCUCAAGCCUAUUACUAUGGCACUUCCAGUGUAUGCAAUGUCAUGCUUCAGGUUGACUAAACACCAUUGUCAAAAGAUCAUGAGUGCAAUGGAAAGUUUUUGGUGGGAUGAAGAUGAGGAUAAAAAGAAGAUUCACUGA